GGAAACUGAAGGCUUAGUUCUGGUUACAGCAAGUUAAAGGACGUCUUUUGGAAGCUCUGCUAUCGGUUCACUCCUAAGAAAUGUCAGUUGAAUUCUUCAAAUAUAAAGGAGUGAACUUUUACAAAAACAUUUUAUAUUCUGAAGAGGCUCUCAACUUUGCAGAAAAUGAAUUUCAAGUUCUCGAUGAUGAUGUCUACAUUGUCACUUAUCCUAAGUCAGGCACAAACUGGAUGAUAGAGAUAUUAAGUUUACUGAGGACCAAUGGAGACCCUACCUGGAGCAAAUCUAUUCCUAUCUGGCUCAGAUCUCCAUGGUAUGAAACAAUAGAAGGGCAGUCACAGAUUAAGGAUGUCGUUUCUCCAAGGGUGCUUACUUCUCACUUGCCAUUCCAUAUUUUUGCUAAAUCUUACUUCACAUCCAAAGCUAAGAUCAUAUACAUUAUAAGGAACCCUAAGGACAUUGUAGUGUCUUUGUUUUAUUUUAACAAAAUGAUCUGCCUCUAUAAAGAUUCCCAGAGCUUCCCAGAAUUACUUGAAGAUUUUUUGCAAGGCAAUGUUCUUUAUAACUCCUGGUUUGAUCAUGUAAAAGGAUGGAUGCAGAUGAAGGAGAGCAUCAACUUUUUCUACAUUACAUAUGAGGAGCUUCAUACGAAUCUUCGGAAUAGUGUGAUAAGGAUCUGUAACUUCCUGGGGAAGGAUUUAGAUGACUCACAGAUUGAUUUAGUUGUCAAACAUUCAUCUUUCAAUGCCAUGAAAGAAAACAAAAUGUCCAAUUACACAAUGAUCUCUCAGGACUUCAUGGAUCAGAAUAAAGGUUCUUUUAUACGCAAAGGCAUCAUUGGAGAUUGGAAGAACCAUUUUACUAUAGCUCAGAACGAGCAUUUUGAUGAAGUUUAUAAAGAGAAGAUGAAAGAUCUCAAUGUGACCUUUUUCUGGGAACAAUCCUAAAAUGUUACAUGUAGUGUUUAGUAUGUAUUUAAAGGGGGUUAUCCAGGAGAAGAUAUUGAUGACCGAUCCACAGAAUAGGUAAUCAUUAAGAGAUCUGCGGGGGUCCGACACCCGGGACCUCCUUUGGUCAGCUGUUAGAAGAGACUAGGCACUGAGCGUCACAGUCUCUCCCUAGGCCAGUGACAUCACCAUACAUUGGUCACAUGGCAUAGUUGCAGCUCAGCCGCAUUCAAGUCAAUGGGGCGGAGCUGCAGUACCAGGCACAUCCGCCAUAUAAUGUACACGUGUUGUACUUGGAAAGUUGCCGGCAUCCUGAUCAGCAGGGGUGCCAGGAUUCAGA